CCCAGCCCCGCCCCACUUCCGGGGAUACAACUUUCACUUUCUCUUCCGCAGAAGCUGCUCCCUCCCCUUUCCGAAUGUCAGGGGCUUCUGGAGUGGGGAGGAGAAGUUGGGCAAAAAUCCCAACGCUAGGCACACUUCCGAUCGGGCAGUUCUCUGUCCUCCUCUCCUGCCGCUCGGCCUGUCUCGUUUCCUCCUUGGCCCACUGCGGGUUGGGCUCGUGCCCCUGUCCUUUCGCUGUCCCACGCGGGCCCGGGCUCGUUUCCUGUGCCAGGCCUGGUCCCUGUUCCCCUGGUGGUGUGGGUGGUGUGAUGCUGCCCGACUGCCGCUGGGGACACCGAGACUCUGAGAGCGCCUGGGUCGCACGGGGGGCCUCUGGGUCGGGACUGAGUUGCUCGCGGUCGCCUGCCCCCUUCCAGGUGAUCCGGAGGUAGCAUUUCCCCGGAGCCGUAACCCACCCCCUUCGGGGGGAUGGGCGCAGCCAGGCCAGAUGGACGAGAAGACCAAGAAAGUAGAGGAAAUGGCCCUGAGCCUCACUCGCGCAGUGGCGGGCGGGGAUGAACAGGUGGCUAGGCGGUGUGCCAUCUGGCUGGCAGAGCAACGGGUACCCCUGAGUAUACAACUGAAGCCUGAGGUGUCCCCAACACAGGAUGUCAGGCUGUGGGUGAGCGUGGAGGACGCGCACAUGCACACUGUCACCAUCUGGCUCACAGUGCGGCCUGAUAUGACAGUGGCUUCCCUCAAGGACAUGGUAUUCCUAGACUAUGGCUUCCCACCAAGCCUGCAGCAGUGGGUGAUUGGGCAGCGGUUGGCACGAGACCAGGAGACCCUGCAUUCCCACGGGGUGCGGCGGAAUGGGGACAGCGCCUACCUCUACUUGCUGUCAGCCCGCAACACGUCCCUCAACCCUCAGGAGCUGCAGCGGGAGCGGCAGCUGCGCAUGCUGGAAGAUCUGGGCUUCAAGGACCUCACACUGCAGCCACGGGGCCCCCUAGAGGCAGCCCCUCCAAAGCCUGGGGCCCCUCAGGAGCCAGAUGCAGAGCCCGAGCCCCCACCGGUGGGCUGGCAGUGCCCUGGGUGCACCUUCAUCAACAAGCCUACGCGGCCUGGCUGUGAGAUGUGCUGCCGAGCGCGGCCUGAAGCCUACCAGGUCCCCGCUUCGUACCAGCCCGACGAGGAGGAGCGAGCACGCCUGGCAGGAGAGGAGGAGGCUCUGCGCCAGUACCAGCAGCGGAAACAGCAGCAGCAGGAGGGGAACUACAUGCGGCUUGUCCAGCUGGACCAGAGGAGCCUGGUGCUGAACACCGAGCCUGCCGAGUGCCCCGUGUGCUACUCGGCGCUGGGGCCCGGCGAGGCCGUGGUGCUGCGCGAGUGUCUGCACGCCUUCUGCAGGGAGUGCCUGCAGGGCACCAUCCGCAACAGCCAGGAGGCGGAGGUCUCCUGCCCCUUCAUUGACAACACCUACUCGUGCUCGGGCAAGCUGCUGGAGAGGGAGAUCCGGGCGCUCCUGCCCCCCGAGGAUUACCAGCGGUUUCUGGACCUGAGCGUCUCCAUCGCUGAGAACCGCAGUGCCUUCAGCUACCACUGCAAGACUCCGGACUGCAAGGGCUGGUGCUUCUUUGAGGACGACGUGAACGAGUUCACCUGCCCUGUGUGCUUCCAUGUCAACUGCCUGCUCUGCAAGGCCAUCCAUGAGAAGAUGAACUGCAAGGAGUAUCAGGACGACCUGGCCCUGCGGGCUCAGAAUGACGUGGCCGCCCGGCAGACCACAGAGAUGCUGAGGCUGAUGCUGCAGCAGGGCGAGGCCAUGCACUGCCCGCAGUGCCAGAUCGUGGUGCAGAAGAAGGAUGGCUGCGACUGGAUCCGCUGUACCGUCUGCCACACCGAGAUCUGCUGGGUCACCAAGGGCCCACGCUGGGGCCCCGGGGGCCCAGGAGACAUCAGUGGGGGCUGCCGCUGCCGGGUGAAUGGAAUUCCUUGCCACCCAAGCUGUCAGAACUGCCACUGAGCUGAAGAUGGCUGUGUCCCAUGCCCACCCAGCCCCACGUCCAUUGGCUGCUGUGGGCAAAACUGGGCUGGGUAGGCGCCUGGGCUCUGAUUUCUGGCCUGAGUUGCCCUGUACUUGGCCAAGGCACGGCCCUGCAGAGCCAAGGCCUCUGAGCUGUGAAGUAGCCUGCUGGCAACAGGUGGGGCUCCUGCCUGGGCUGGCUGUUGCCCCUGGUCACAUCUUCCCUGGUGCCUUCGCCCUUCCUCUGGGGCUGGCCGGCUGGACCUGUCAUCCUUUCCCCGUGGUCCCCACCCCAGCCCCAGCUGUAAACACAGGCCCUGGCCGCGGCCUUGCUGGUGGCACCUCUGCGACUGUGCACUCCUCCCACCCACCACCCUCGUCUGCUGAACGAGCGCUCAGCCUCCCCCUUCCUCCUGUUGGCUCUCUGGGGGUGACUUUUUUGCCUUUGCUGCUGGAGGCCUGGGGCCUCAGAACUGCUGACUGCUUUGAGCUGGGGGGACCUGGUGGUUUUGAAAGCACAGCCUCCAGGCCCAGCUCUGUGUUCCCUCUGCCGCCUGUGUGAGAUGAUUAAAGUGGUUUUCCAGGAA